AUGUUCGGCGUCCGUCAAUAUCACGAAGAUGGGUGGGUGUACUCGUCUGAUACGGAGCUCACGGUCGUGUACGGUAUCGAUAAGACCUUAUCUGAGGUCCUGCGCUGGAUACGGUGGUUCGCAAUGACCUCCAACGAUAUCAGCCCUCGGGGUUCCCUCGCAGAUUUAUGGGCUGAUUACCGUGGGAAGAUGGCCACUAUGGUGGAAGAGCGGCUUGUGCGGCUUCCAGCGGAGGGGAACCCCAUAGAAGCAUUCGGCGACGAGGAGGAUGAGACGGAUGAGGCGGAAGAGGAAGAGGAUGAGGAAGGUGACGACGACGAGGAUGACGAUGACAUGGAUUACAUGCGCGUGUCUCCCGAGCAUGGCCUGUGA